AUGGCCAUGCAUCCCGGCGCCGGCGCCGGCGCGCCCCCCGCGUCGUCGGUCCACGGCAACGUUGAGUACGACGACUUCCACUGGGACGACGCCGCCGAGGCGGAGCUUCAGGCCAUCGAGGCCGCCUACGCCUCGGCUUCCGCCUCCGCAAAGCGCCGCCGCCUACCCGACUGGACCUACCCAUCCCCUUCCCCCUCCUCCCGGCCCCGGUACAGCCAAAGCCCGAUGUCCGGUGGAUCCACGCCGUCAUGGGCCCUCACGCCCCACACACCCCAAGGCAAUGUGAGGGCAAGACGCCAACAAAUAUCAUUCAGCGGUAAGAUAGUUUACUGCAGGACACCUUCAGAGGCGGAGAAUGCUGCAACUGACAUCUUACACAAAAUUGAGGGGAUGAAAGCGCCCGGCCAGGUUUCUCUUGGGUUUGAUCUCGAGUGGAGGCCCUUUCCAAGAAGAGGGGAACCACGUUGUAAGGUUGCUGUAAUGCAACUAUGCAUGGAGAAAACUGUGUGCUAUGUCCUGCAUAUUGCUCACUCUGGGGUACCACCUAUACUGAAAACUCUUUUGGAGGAUAGUUCGUCCAUUAAAGUUGGAAUAUGCAUAGACAAUGAUGCAAGGAAAAUGUUGAAUGAUUAUGAUGUCUGUGUACAACCACUGAUGGAUUUGUCAACCCUGGCAAAUGUCAAGUUAGCUACUCCUCCCAAAAGAUGGAGUCUUGCUUCUUUAACUGAAAUGAUCACAUGCAAAGAGUUGCCGAAGCCGAGCAACAUAAGAAUGGGGAAUUGGGAGGUUGAUGUUCUCUCCAAACAACAACUUCAAUAUGCUGCUACAGAUGCUUAUAUCUCAUGGUAUUUAUAUGAGGCACUGCAGACUUUUCCAGAUUAUACUGCUGAAGCUGAAACUGAGUCUGUAAAGGCACAAUAG